CCCUGCUUUGCCUGGAGCUUUCUAACCCAGAGUCAGGUGUGCUGAAGUCCUUCCGCAGAGGACACUGCCUUUCUGAGCUGGCAACACUCGCCUAGCAUAAGCGCUCCAAAGUAUCCUUAAUUGCUGUGCAGAGCAAACCAUGACUGCAUUACAACUUAAGGAGCUUUCACAGUCCGGCCUUUACAGGAGAAGGCGAGAGCGUCCUGAUAGUCUGAGAGUGAGUGGGCUCCCUGAGGAAGCUGAGCUGAGCAACAUGGCCAAUGCCUUGGCCAGCGCCACGUGUGAGCGCUGUAAGGGAGGCUUUGCACCCGCCGAGAAGAUCGUGAACAGCAAUGGUGAGCUGUACCACGAACAGUGCUUCGUGUGUGCUCAGUGCUUCCAGCAGUUCCCAGAAGGGCUCUUCUAUGAGUUUGAAGGAAGGAAGUACUGUGAGCAUGAUUUCCAGAUGCUCUUUGCUCCUUGCUGCCACCAGUGUGGUGAAUUCAUCAUUGGCCGGGUUAUUAAAGCCAUGAAUAAUAGCUGGCAUCCUGAGUGCUUCCGAUGUGACCUCUGCCAGGAAGUGCUGGCAGACAUAGGGUUUGUUAAGAAUGCUGGCAGACACCUAUGUCGCCCAUGUCAUAAUCGUGAGAAGGCCAGAGGCCUUGGAAAAUACAUCUGCCAGAAAUGCCAUGCCAUCAUUGAUGAGCAGCCUCUGAUCUUCAAGAAUGACCCUUACCACCCGGACCACUUCAACUGUGCCAACUGCGGGAAGGAGCUAACUGCUGAUGCCCGGGAGCUGAAAGGGGAGCUGUACUGUCUGCCAUGUCAUGAUAAGAUGGGGGUCCCUAUCUGUGGUGCCUGUCGGAGGCCCAUUGAAGGGCGCGUGGUGAAUGCCAUGGGCAAGCAGUGGCAUGUGGAGCAUUUUGUUUGUGCCAAAUGUGAAAAGCCAUUUCUUGGACAUCGUCAUUAUGAGAGGAAGGGCUUGGCCUAUUGUGAAACUCACUAUAAUCAGCUGUUUGGUGAUGUCUGUUUCCACUGCAACCGUGUCAUAGAAGGUGAUGUGGUGUCUGCCCUCAACAAGGCCUGGUGUGUGAGCUGCUUUGCCUGUUCCACCUGCAAUACCAAAUUAACGCUCAAGGAUAAGUUUGUUGAAAUUGAUCUAAAGCCAGUCUGCAAACACUGUUAUGAGAAAAUGCCAGAAGAGUUUAAGAGGCGACUUGCCAAACGGGAGAGAGAAGCAAAGGAUAAGGACAAGCAGAGAAAGAGAAAGCCAGUGUGUCUGUAAACGCUCUAUCCCUUCCGCGCCAUUCUCAUGGCUUCUCCCGUGGAAUAAAUUUGUGGAGUUUGACAUGAAGCCAGUCUGUAAGAAGUGCUAUGAGAAAUUUCCUUUGGAGCUGAAGAAAAGACUUAAGAAACUAUCUGAGACCUUAGGAAGGAAAUAACUUCUGGUUUGGAUUUUGGUGGU